UGGUAGCAGCACGUUCAGACGUUUUGUGUGUUUAUAGUUUCAAAAACAUCAGUUUCGUUGGCAAUGCGACUCGCGAAACAACAACGACGCAAACGCAUAGAAAGCAAGCAAACGACGUGCAUACAUAUGUAUUUACACGCAUACGUCUGAGUAAAGAAAAAAUCGUACAAACAAAUUUGACGGCAUAUGCACAGAGAUCUCGAAGGCCGAAUGUGAUUUACAGACGACACAAGUAAGUUGCGGUACGUCGCAGACCGAAAAAAGUGCAUAGAGAAAAAUGCCGUUGUCAAGACAUUCGCUAAGGAAAUGAAUUGGCGAAAAUAAUUGUGCGCGUAUAAUAAAUUUGUGCUUUUUCUUUUCUUUUUUUUGUUGGAAAAAUUACAUUUUCAUAUUUUUAUUUUCGAGAAGGACAAUUGUUUGAGAUUGUGAAAUUAGAAAACUAUAAUUAGAUUCAAACUAAAUAUAAAAUAAUCAAAUAAUUAAUGCGUAAUGCAAAAAUCGUUCACUAGUGAAAUUUGCAUAAACGAAUGAAAAUGUUUCCGGAAAUAGGAAAUUAUAUUAAAAGAAAUAAAUGGAAAUAAAAAAAUUUUAUAAAAAUAAUGAAUGACUAAUAUAUCAGCAAACACCAUAGUGCAAAAUCAGUGCGAAGCUAAAAAUUGAAAAAAAAAAAACACACACACACAACAAAAGCGAAGGAAUAUUUCCAUCAUCGAUUCAAAUGCUACCCAAUUCUGAAAAAAUAAAAUUAAAACUAAAAAAGCCCCAAAUUUGGCCAGUGCAAAUUAAAAGCAGCAAUAACGUAUAUUUCUAAACCGAAAAAAUACAAGCCAGAUUUUAAAAUUUUAAAAAUAAUACAAAUAAAUGAUAACAUCGGAGAAAUGAGCAAAAAAUAAAAAAAAAUCCUCAUUUCCCAAAAACAAAAAACAAAACAGUUAAUAACUACCCAAAUUCAAUUUUGUGAGAGAGUGAGAGCUAAUAACACGAAUAACGGAGGAUAAAAAACAAUUUCGAAUCAACAACAAAAAGAAGAAAAAACAAAAACAAUUGGACGCAAUUGCAAACCAAAAAAAGAAAAAAACAUAAAAAUUAACAGCUGUAAGGCUUUAUUGCCAAUACGCGGACAGUAGUAGCCUGAAGGCAGAGACGAAGCCUAUUAUUAAUAUCAAACAUGGAUUGGAAAGCUUUAUCGAACGCUGAGAAAAGCCCAAAAAUAGAACGCUGGAAGGCAAGUCCUAUACUGGAACCUGAUAUACUACCACCCCUACCACCGCGCGCUUUCAUGCGUCAAUCGAGUUUCACCAAAAUCGGAAAUAUGCUGAACACCGCCAUAAAUAUCAAUGGCACCAAAAAAAUACCGAGUAAUGGAGAAGCGUCCUGGUGCUUCUCACAGAUAAAAGGCGCCUUAGACGAUGACGUAACCGACGCUGAUAUCAUCUCAUGUGUGGAAUUCAAUCAUGACGGUGAAUUGCUGGCAACAGGCGAUAAAGGUGGACGUGUUGUCAUCUUUCAGCGUGAUCCUAUGUCAAAAACGGCAAUACCACGUCGCGGUGAAUAUAAUGUUUACUCGACUUUUCAAUCGCAUGAACCCGAAUUCGAUUACUUAAAGUCAUUGGAAAUAGAAGAAAAAAUUAAUAAGAUCCGAUGGCUGCGACGAAAGAAUCCUGCGCACUUCCUACUCUCAACCAACGAUAAGACGGUUAAGUUGUGGAAGGUCAGCGAACGGGAUAAAUCGUUCGAGGGCUAUAACACAAAAGAGGAGGGCGGCCUAACAAAGGAUCCGCAAAAUAUAACUGGCUUAAAAGUUCCUUCAGUUAAGCAAAUUCCCCUUAUGGUGGAAGCGUCGCCACGCCGCAACUACGCCAAUGCACACACCUAUCACAUCAAUUCAAUUAGCGUUAAUUCUGACCAAGAGACUUAUCUGUCCGCCGACGAUUUGCGAAUCAAUUUGUGGCAUCUUGAGGUGACCGAUCAAAGUUUUAAUAUAGUCGAUAUUAAGCCAGCCAAUAUGGAAGAGCUGACGGAGGUAAUUACCGCCGCCGAAUUCCAUCCAACUGAGUGCAAUGUGUUCGUAUACUCGAGCUCGAAGGGCACAAUACGUCUAUGUGAUAUGCGUUCGGCAGCGCUGUGCGAUCGGCAUAGCAAACAGUUCGAGGAGCCGGAGAAUCCAACGAACCGCAGUUUCUUUAGUGAAAUUAUAAGCUCGAUAAGCGACGUAAAGCUAAGCAACUCGGGACGUUAUAUGAUCUCUAGAGACUAUCUAAGUAUUAAGGUGUGGGAUUUGCACAUGGAAACGAAACCAAUUGAAACUUAUCCGGUUCACGAAUACUUACGCAUUAAACUCUGUUCACUGUAUGAGAAUGACUGCAUUUUCGACAAAUUCGAAUGCUGUUGGAAUGGCAAGGAUACUUCCAUAAUGACGGGCAGCUAUAAUAAUUUUUUUAGGGUGUUUGAUCGCAACUCGAAAAAGGAUGUGACAUUGGAGGCGUCACGCGACAUUAUCAAACCAAAAACGGUGCUCAAACCGCGUAAAGUUUGCACCGGUGGCAAACGAAAAAAAGACGAGAUUAGUGUCGAUUGUCUCGACUUCAAUAAGAAGAUACUGCACACCGCUUGGCAUCCGCAAGAGAAUAUUAUCGCUGUGGCGGCAACAAAUAAUCUGUUUAUAUUUCAGGAUAAGUUUUAGCUAAAACUCUCUCAUCCCCUUCAGUUCUUCUUCUUCUUCAUCACCAUUAUGGCAUCGUUAAGAAUAAUUAUUAUGAUUAACUCUAAAUUUUAUACUUAUCGCUGCUACAUUUGCUAUCACUCACUACUUGCUAUCAGUACUGUGUAAUCAGAGCAAAUAACACGAACAAAUCUGCUGCGAGCGAAGAACGAGGACGUUAGACGAAGACGAAUGCAUAGGCAUUAUAGGCAUAGGCAAAGUCACAACUCAGUAUAUAAAUAUAACUCAUUAUUAGCGCUACUAAUUAACGAAACAAAAUCUCUAUUGGCAUUGUUGAUUACCGGUACAGCGUUAACACAAGUUGUAAGCCUUAGCCAAAACAACACAAAAACGUAAAGUUUUUAGUUUUAAGUUUUGCACAAAGGUUUACACAAGCGACAUAAUACUUACAGCGCUUACAACAUUAACAUAGUAGAAAAAACGGGAGGAAGCGAGAGGAGCGGGCACACAGCUGACUGCGUCAGCGCGGUGUUCGUCUGCUGUUGCGCACAACAAAAAACGCCUUAAACCAUUACUUUGUACAGUUACUUUGAUUAAAAUUCUAUAAAAAUUCCUUAAAUCAAUGUUGGCUCGGCUAAAUACUUUCAGUUAAUUUUAAAAGAGAGAGUGUUUUUUAUAUAAUAUUUAUGUGAAAUCAGUAAGGAUAACAAAUAAAUAUUUAUGCAGUAAAAUAUGUUUGCUUAAUUUAAUAAAAACCGAAAUUAUCAAUAUUGAAUUAUUUUUUUUUGUUGAUUCGAAUGCAUACAAAUGAAAUAAGAUGGGAAAUACAUUAAACAAAAAAAAAACUAAAAAAUAAAAAAAAGUGAAUGUAGUUUCAACAUAAGAAACUAUGUAUGUAGACCUUAAAGACGGAGGGAGCGAGAGAGCAAGAAAGCAAAAAAAAAAUAAUUAAACUUUACUAUAAUAAAUACAGGCUUAGCGCAAGUUAUGUAUUUAAAAUAAAAAACGCAAAAUUCAUACAGAAAUUUAUUACGUAAUUUAUAAAAAAAACAAUACCAUAUGUAUAUGAAGCCAUGUCAAAACGCCAAUACGCCAGUACGCCAAAGGUCCAAAGUUGGAUGGAGCUCUUUGUUUCUCAUUAAGCGCGAACCUGGUGUUCUUGGCGACAUUUAGUAGGAAAAACUUUUGUCAAAAAUUAUGCCCAUGCAUUUUCUUGCUACAUUUCUUGGCAUUUAAAAUCAACUAAAUUACACUCAAACUGUCGAAAAACACGUAUGUAUGUAUGUGAGUGCAUAAAUUACUUGUACUUGUACGCAAAAAGCCGAUAUCAAAGACACAGAUAUUUAAGCACAUAUUUAUAUUGAUAUUUGUACAUAUGUAUAUGUAUAAGGGUAACACUCAGACUGAGCUCGUAUUGUAUACUCUGUUUUUGACAACCAUUACAAAAACAUCGCCAACAGUUACUGCAUUGCUUAUUAUAAAAAACCAGAACAGAAUUGAUUUAAUGUUUUUUUUUUAAUCAUUGAAAAAAAUUAGUUACUCUUGCAAGCCGAAUGUGUAAAAUGUAUGUACCUAUUAGUCUGAGCGGGUUAAAAUGCUAUUUAAACAAUUUUCAAUAUAAAUUUAGCUUGACGUUUUUCCUUACAUUACAUUUAGACCAGUUUAUCGUUCGUAAAAUUGUAGGCCUUUUUUGCAAGACCAUUUUCACAAGAAAUGAAUGAAUGUCUUAUUAGCUAAGACCCAGUAUGCGUUCAAUAUUUUUGUAAAUGCCUAUUUUAUGUUCUAUUAGCUAGCGAUAUUGUGCGUGCGCCAAGCCGAGAGUAACGUGUGUGCUCUUAUACUAAUUUACUGUAUAAAGAUGUUGUUUAUUUACACUCAGUAUAAUUUAUUAAUUAUUCUUCUGCCAGUUUGUAUUUCUAUAAACAUUUUCAUUCCACAAUUAUUUGCCAAAGGAAUACAAAAACAAGUACUGUCUUUUACUAUAAUGUUGAAAAUCAUACAUUGAGGUUAGGGAGAGAGAACGAGAACGGCAACAAAAGAAGUUAUAAGUUUCUGAUAAUGGUAUCGCUACUCAUCUUUUUUUUUUUUUGUUUUUGUAAACAGCUGUGCAGCAGAAUGCAGUUAAUUAAGACAAAAAAUACUUAUAAAUAUUACGUAAUGAUCAUUAUGAUGUGCUUAAAUUAUGAAAUUCUAAUUUGAUAGCAACAAUUCAAAUACAAUACAAAUGAUAAAAGCAAAGAAAAUUAUCGAAAGCAUAAUGGCAUUUUUGUUAAAUAAGCAAUUUAAUCUGUAAUGUGCUAUAAAAAAUGCAAACAAAUUAUUAUAGUCAUGGAAGAAAGACAAAUAAAUCAACAUACUGUCAUUAUUAGUAGUUUAAGUUGUAUUAAAACGAA